AUGAGACACUCUGGUCGGUCGAAUGCCUGCAGAACAUAUCAUAUGGCCUGUAAAGAUUUUGAGCCAGUUUUCCUACUACUUCAUUCUCUUAAAGUUCUUCAUUUCGUGGCGCAGUAUGUUAAAAUUAUUUCAAAUGAUAUGGAGUAUUUCGCUCGAUCAAAAGCAAAAAACUUGAAAUUCUUCUCUCUUAUUCACGUAGCUUUCAUUUUACAGCUUCGUUUCUUAUCAGGACGGAAAGCAUUGCACGAGCCAGCUUGUUAA